UCAGUGGAGAGAAAUUAUGUGAAAUGGGAACAAGUAGGAAGGGAAUGAAACAUUUCUCUGGCCUUCUUUCUGCGUACUUUAAAGAACACUGUUGUUUCAAGCUUUGGUUAUUGGUGUUAUAUCUGCGAAAAAAUAAACCAUCAUCCUUUUAUGCAAUGCAAUAUUCAAGAGAUGAUCAAAUACAUAACUAGACUGUCAUAUGCCAUGUGGGAAGCUGUUUAAUACUUGUCUUUCACUGUAAUUUUGAUCGUAGGCAGUUGACGUGUAGUUUGUUUUUGGGCUUACCGGCUAAUCCUUGAAAUUUGACGUGUGUAAACGCUGAGUUAAGAGCUGAGCUCAAAUUACUAACAUUUAAAAAUGGUCAAAAGAAUCUGUUGUAUUGGUGCUGGUUAUGUUGGGGGACCUACAUGUAGUGUUAUUGCUUUUAAGUGUCCUGAUAUAAAAGUAGUAGUCACAGACAAAAAUGAAGCUCGAAUCAAAGCGUGGAAUUCUGACCGAUUACCAGUAUAUGAGCCAGGUUUGGAUGAUGUGGUUAAAGAAUGCCGAGGCCGUAAUUUAUUUUUUACAACAGAUGUUGAUACUGCCAUAAAGGAAUCAGAUUUGAUAUUCAUUUCAGUCAACACACCAACUAAAACUUUCGGAUUUGGAAAGGGCCGAGCAGCUGAUUUAAGGUACAUUGAGGCUGCAGGUAGGAGAAUUGCUGAAGUUGCCAAAAGUAAUAAAAUUGUUGUUGAAAAGAGCACUGUUCCUGUGCGAGCUGCAGAGAGUAUUAAUAGCAUUCUAAAAGCAAACAUGAAACCUGGAAUAUCUUUCCAAGUUCUUUCGAAUCCAGAAUUUUUAGCUGAAGGAUCUGCUAUCAACGAUUUGUUACAUCCAGAUCGUAUCUUAAUUGGUGGUGACCAAACACCAGAAGGUAAUGAAGCUGUGCAAGAAUUGUGUACACUUUAUAAAAGGUGGAUACCAGAGGAAAAAAUCUUAACCAUGAAUACAUGGUCUUCUGAGCUCACAAAACUGGCUGCAAAUGCUUUUUUAGCUCAAAGGAUAUCUGCAAUUAAUUCAAUAUCUGCAAUCUGUGAAGUUACUGGUGCAGAUGUCAGUGAAGUGGCUCAUGGAAUUGGUACUGACAGCAGAAUAGGACCUAAAUUUUUAACAGCUAGUGUUGGGUUUGGUGGAAGCUGUUUCCAAAAAGAUGUGUUAAAUAUGGUGUACUUAUCAGAGUGUUUGAAUUUACCUGUUGUUGCUGCCUUCUGGUUUCAGGUAAUUGAAAUGAAUAAUUUUCAAAGGACCAGAUUUGCCCGUCGAAUCAUUGAAAAUCUCUUCAACACUGUUUCAGAUAAAAGUAUUGCUAUAUUUGGCUUUGCUUUCAAAAAGAAUACUGGUGACACGAGGGAAUCUCCAGCAAUUUACAUUUGUCGGCAUCUCUUGGAGGAGGGUGCUAAUUUAAAUAUAUAUGAUCCCAAAGUACCAGAGCAACAGAUUAUAUCGGAUUUAUCAUAUUUUGAAGGCAUAGAAGAUUCUUACAAAGUGGAGCAAGUAGAAGUAUUUUCUAAUCCUUAUGAGGCUGCUCGCAAUACUCAUGCUGUUGUUAUUUGUACAGAAUGGGAUGAAUUUUUGGAAUUUGAUUACAAAAGGAUAUAUGACUGUAUGUAUAAACCUGCUUUUCUGUUUGAUGGGCGAAAGAUGCUUCCAAUUGAGAAUCUGCAAAAGAUAGGCUUCCAUGUUGAAGCAAUUGGUGUUAAAACUAGCAGAAAGCAUAACAGAAAUGUUGCAGAUGCCAUAUAAUAAAAAUAUGCAUGAACUGUAUACUAUCUCGGAGUGCCUUCAACAAUUUAUGCCAGUGAUCAGUAGCAAGGAAUGUGCGCUAUAUGUGUUAUACUCCAGUAUUACUUUUAAUUUGGAUCUUCUAUAAUGAAAUAUAUCAUAUCUUAGAAAGAUCUUAAUUUCUUUGGUGCUAUAAUGUUGUCAUAUUUAUUUAUAUAACUUUUUUACUUAUUUUAUAUAUAAGGCUUUUGGUUAUUAUUAUUUUUUUUUUUUACAUUUUUUGCACUUUUAAUAUUUUUAUUUUUUUAUUUGCAGCAUAUGUGUUUAAUCAUUUUAAUUAAUAAUGCUAAAUUCUCAUAAAAUUAAAAUUCUCAGAAGCUUGUGUUACUUACUAGUAGUGAUUAUUUUAAUUGGUAUACAUUUCUGAAUUGUUUAUGAAAAAUAAAAAAUCUAAUGCUUAGAACAAUCUACAUAUAAUAAAUUUCUGUUGUGAUCAAAUUCAUGAAGCUUGAGAUUAUUGUAAGAUCCUUAUUGAUCAAAUUCAUGAAGCUUGAGAUUAUUGUAAGAUCUUUAUUGUUUAUGUAAGUGUAACCUUUCAUGUUCAACAAAUUGCUGUGAUUUUGUUGGUUGUGUCUUAGAAAUGACUGCUGAAAUCAGCAAUAAUUAUGGAUAUAUUCCAUCAAAAUCCUGUAUGGAUAUGAUUGCCAAUAGGUAACAGCUUGAGAUAGCUAUAUUAUUGAAAAUGUUGAAAAUAACUAUUCUGAGAAGCAAGGAUUCAAUCCAUCAAUAAGUAAGAAACUUUGUACUUUGUGAUCGCAUAAAAUAGGAAAUGUGUACUACUUUAACAAUCAUUAUCAUUAAUACUUCAAGUAGCGCCCACUCAAUCCAAGCAGAAACUGUUGUGUGUUCUGACAUCAUAAUGAGUACUGUCUGAAGUGGUCUUUCUGGGGGAAAAAAUUUCAGCUGAGGCCCUUAAUGGAAACUCUAUAAAAGUGACUAUAUUUUAAGAGCUUAUAAUAAGUUAUCAGACUUUUAAACAGGGUAUUUCCUCAACUAAUCAAGCUCUUUUCAAAUUGUGGAAUAUGUGUAAUUAAUUGAAAAUGUAAUGUAAUUUGCUAUUGAAUAGCAACUAAUUGCAUGUAUAAAAACUUAAUGUAAUUGUUGCAUUAUUCUGUUAUACAAUAUUGUAAAUAAUGUAGCAUAUACAAAAUCAUGAAAGUAUAAAUAGUUCAUUUUUUGUGUAAAGUAA